CCCAAGAGCUCCGGCUCCGCCCUCCAGCCCGCCCCGCCCCUCUUUUUCCCUCCCCUCUCCGGCCGGCUGGCAGGAGGCGGGGCGUGCGCGCCGGGCUCGGGACGGAGGGGAGCGCGCGUGCAGCUUCUCUCCGCCGGAGCCGCCGGGCAGAAGCAGAAGCCGUGGCUGCCAGCCGGUCCCCGCGGACUGGCAGUGGGCGGGGAGCGGAACGCAGGAGCCAGGCGCGCGCCGCCAGACAAGUGUUUUUGUGCGAGGCCGCGGCUGCUUCCGAGCUCUGAACGCACGGUGCUGGGGAUGCGAACGACCGCGGCGGCUGUGCCACGAGAACCCAAGCGCCGUUGACCUGAGCGAGGGGAGAAACUCCCCCGGGUGUGCCCAGGGAGGGGGAGGGGACGGCGGGAGCGCGGGGCGCACGCCGGGCGGGGCAGGGGGUCAGUGAUGACCGGGCGCGCGGGGAGGCUGCACGCCGCCGCCACCGCCGCCCGGAGCAUCUGCCGCCUGAGCUGCGGAUCGCGGCCGCCGCCCGGGCCAUGGAAACACUGAACGGCCCCGCGGGCGGCGGCGCCCCGGACACCAAGCCGCAGCCAGCCGGCCAGCAUCACCGCCACCACCACCUGCACCCGCUGGCCGAGAGGAGGCGGCUGCACCGCGCACCUUCUCCGGCCAGACCUUUCCUCAAGGAUCUGCACACGCGGCCCGCCACGGCCACCACCUCCUCUGCGGGCCGUGCCCCGACUCCCGCCGCUCCACGCUCGCCCAGCCUCGCUGGGAAGGCGCCGCCGUCGCCCGGGCCCCCGGCCGCACCCGGCCGCCUCUCCCGACGCAGCGGCGUAGUCCCCGGCGCUAAGGACAAGCCGCCGCCGGGCUCCGGAGCCAGGUCGGCGGGUGGCGCCAAGGCCGCCCCGGGAACCAGGAGGGCGGCGCGCUCGGGGCCGGUGGAACCACUGCCCCGGGUCGGGAGGCCAGCUGGGGCUGAGCCGCCGCCUGCCGUCGCGAAGGGCCGCAAAGCCAAGCGCAGCCCCGGGACGCCUCCAGCUCGUGCCGUCGGGCCCCCGGCUCCCGCCGCUCGGGUCCCCGCCGUGACCCUCUCGGUGACCUCGGUGGCCGGCUCGCGUAUCAGCCACACGGACAGCAGCUCGGAUCUCUCCGACUGCGCCUCCGAACCCUUGUCUGAUGAGCAGCGCCUGCUCCCAGCCGCCAGCAGCGAUGCCGAGUCGGGCACCGGCUCCAGUGACCGGGAACCCCUGCGCGGAGCACCCACUCAGAGCUCUGGAGCCCGCGGGCCGCCGCCGGGCAGCCCCGAGCCCCCCGCCCUGCUCACGGCGCCCCCUGUCGCUGGUGCCAGUUUCGGGGGCCGAAGCAGCCUAGGCGGGGCCCCCUCAGGAUCCCCGGGACCCGGUUCGCUGGAGGAUGUUGGGGGCCGAACGCUACCGGAGCGGACGAUUCUCGGGACCCCCAAGGAGCCUAGCUUGGGCGAACAGCCCCGGCUCCUGGUGGUGGCCGAGGAGGAAGAGCUGCUGAGGGAGAUGGAGGAACUGCGUUCGGAAAAUGACUACCUCAAGGAUGAACUAGAUGAACUCCGUGCAGAGAUGGAGGAAAUGAGAGACAGCUAUCUAGAAGAGGACAGUUACCAGCUGCAGGAGCUCCGGAGAGAGCUGGACCGCGCCAACAAGAACUGCAGGAUCCUGCAGUACCGACUCAGGAAGGCUGAGCAGAAAAGCCUGAAAGUGGCAGAAACAGGGCAGGUGGACGGGGAGCUCAUCAGAAGCCUGGAGCAGGAUCUGAAGGUAGCCAAAGAUGUGUCCGUCAGAUUGCACCACGAGCUGGAGACCGUGGAAGAGAAGCGUGCUAAAGCUGAGGACGACAAUGAAAUUCUGCGGCAGCAGGUGAUCGAGGUGGAGAUAUCCCGACAGGCCCUCCAGAACGAGCUGGAGAGAUUCAAAGAGAGUUCCCUGAAGAGAAGAGGCAGCCGGGAAAUGUACAAAGAGAAGAAAGCUGCUAGUCAGGAUGACAGCGCGGAUCUGAAAUGCCAGCUUCAGUUUGCCAAAGAGGAAGCCUCCUUGAUGCGCAAGAAGAUGGCCAAGCUAGGCCGGGAAAAGGACGAGUUGGAGCAGGAACUGCAGAAGUACAAGUCCCUCUACGGUGACGUGGACAGCCCCCUCCCCACAGGGGAGGCGGGUGGGCCCCCCAGCACCCGGGAGGCAGAGCUGAAGCUGCGGCUGAAGCUGGUGGAGGAGGAAGCCAACAUCUUGGGCCGGAAGAUCGUGGAACUGGAGGUGGAAAACCGUGGCCUCAAAGCAGAGAUGGAGGACAUGCGGUUUCAGCACGAGCGGGAGGGGACAGGCAGGGACCACAUGCCAAGCAUUCCUACCUCACCCUUCGGGGACUCGCCGGAGUCCUCCACGGAGCUCCGCCGGCACCUGCAGUUUGUGGAGGAAGAAGCCGAGCUGCUGAGGAGAUCCAUAUCCGAGAUCGAGGACCACAAUCGGCAGCUGACCCACGAGCUGAGCAAGCUCAAGUUUGAGCCUCACCAGGAGUCGUCAGGGUGGCUCGGGGACGGCGUAUCUAAGGGUCCCGGGUCGAGCGUUCCCCUACAGGAGGAGCUGAAGUCAGCCAGGCUGCAGAUCGAUGAGCUGAGCGGGAAGGUGCUGAAGCUGCAGUUUGAGAACCGGCUGCUGCUGUCCAAUGUCCAGCGGUGCGACCUUGCUGCACACCUGGGGCUGCAUGCACCGAGUCCUCGAGACAGCGACGCCGAUAGCGAUGCUGGCAAGAAGGAGAGUGAUGGGGAGGAGUGCCGCUUGCCGCAGCCAAAGCGAGAAGGCCCUGUCGGCGGCGAGAGUGACUCAGAGGACAUAUGCGAGAAGACCUCAGGGUUUGGAAGUGGGAAGCCUUCAGAGGCGAGUGAGCCGUGCCCAGCAGAACUCUUCAGAGUCCGGGAAGACACCGAGUGCCUGGUGACCAUAAAGCAGGAGGCCCAGCGGCUUGAACGGACAGUGGAGCGCCUCAUCACCGACACAGACGGUUUCAUCCAUGAUUCAGGCCUGCGGGGCAGGGGAUUGACCUCGCCUGCGGUCCAAGGUGAAGGUGAGGGCAGCCAGAACGAGCCCCACUUGUUGGAGAUCAUCAAUGUGAAGAUGAAGGCUUUCAGGAAGGAGCUGCAAGCCUUCCUGGAGCAGAUGACCCGGAUGGUGGACGGUCUGUCGCCCUUAUCCCACCUCACAGAGUCAUCCAGCUUCCUCUCCACCGUGACUUCUGUGUCCCGGGACUCCCCCAUCGGGACCCUGGGGAAGGAGCUGGGCCCAGACUUGCAGUCCAAAUUGAGAGACCAGCUGGAGUGGCAGCUCAGUCAGGAUCCAGGGGACGAGAGAGAGGGCCUGCGCCUCCGAGCCACUCGGGAACUGCACCGGCGUGCUGAUGGGGAUCCCGGGAGCCUUGGGCUGGGAGGACAGAGCUGUCUCAGCCUAGAGCUCAGGGGCUCCCCCGUUUUACCCGAGCAGAGUGUGUCUGCAGAAGAGCUACAGGGUCAGCUCGCCCAGGCGGCCAGACUGCAUCAAGAGGAGACAGAGACAUACACAAACAAGAUCCGUAAGAUGGAGGAGGACCACCUCUACGCUUUGCGGUGGAAAGAGCUGGAGAUGCACAGCCUGGCCCUGCAGAACACCCUUCACAAGCGAACCUGGAGUGACGAGAAGAAUCUGCUGCAGCAGGAGCUCCGGUCCUUGAAGCAGAACAUUUUCCUGUUCUAUGUCAAGCUCAGGUGGCUGCUGAAACACUGGCGCCAAGGGAAGCAGAUGGAGGAGGGAGGAGAGGAUUUCGCGGAGAGCGAACAUCCAGAGAAUGUGCCUGGGUUUGCUGAGCUCGGUGUCCAGGGCGGGCACCAGACAGAUGGAACAGACCAAGAUGAUGCUGACCGAGGCUGCGGCCUUCCCGUGGGAGAGCAUGCCCCACGCUCUCCAGUACAGACCAGUGAACAUGGAUCACGGCUGCAGACUGCAGAUGGGGGACCACUCAACAGGCAGGUGUCCGAAAAUCAGCAGCUGUUCAGGGCUCUCAAGGCCCUGCUGGAGGACUUCCGCUCGGAGCUGCGGGAAGAUGAGCAUGCGCGGCUCCGGCUGCAGCAGCAGUACGCCAGCGACAAGGCUGCCUGGGAUGUGGAGUGGGCUGUACUUAAGUGCCGCCUGGAGCAGCUGGAAGAGAAGGCUGAGAAAAGCUUGGGAGAGCUCGACUCCUCUGCGGAGGGCAAAGGGGCCUUGAAGAAGGAGAGAGAGGUCCACCAGAAGCUGCUAGCCGACAGCCACGGCCUGGUCAUGGACCUGCGUUGGCAGAUCCAUCACCGGGAGAAGAACUGGAACCGAGAGAAGGUGGAGCUGCUGGAACGUCUGGACAGCGAGCGGCAGGAGUGGGGGCGACAGAAAGAGGAACUCCUGUGGCGGGUGGAGCAGUUACAGAAAGAGAACAGCCACCGGAGAAGUGGCAGUUUCCUCUGCAGUCAAAAGGAAGACGACACCCGCCCUUUUCCACACCAAGGAGACCUCCGUGCUCCCCGGCCUGUGUCCAUGUGGCCCUGUGCAGACACUGAUUCGAUCCCAUUUGAAGACCGGCCGCUUUCCAAACUGAAGGAGUCGGACCGGUGCUCGGCCAGUGAGAACCUGUACUUGGACGCUUUGUCCAUGGACGAUGACCCAGAGGAUCCGCCACCCCUCAGGAACUGCCUUGCCAAGGACGAAGAAAGCCGCAAGGGAAAUCUUCAAAGGGCUGUGUCUGUGUCCUGUAUGUCUGAAUUCCAGCGUCUGAUGGACGUCUCCCCAUUCCUGCCUGAGAAGGGCCUACCAUCUGCCAGCAGCAAGGAGGAUGUCACUCCACCCCUGUCUCCCGAUGACCUGAAGUACAUCGAGGAGUUCAACAGCAAAAACUGGGACUAUACUUCCCCAAGGGCUGGGACCGAUAGGCCUCCAGACCUCUGGGCAGACAGGACCGAGGUGGGGCGGGUGGGACAUGACUCCACCGUGGAGCCUUUCCCAGACUCCUCCUGGUACCUGACCACAAGUGUCACCAUGACGACAGACACCAUGACCAGCCCAGAGCACUGCCAGAAGCAGCCACUGCGGAGCCAUGUCCUCACCGAGCAGUCUGGGGUGCAUGUAUUGCACAGCCCCCCUGCUGUCCGCCGGGUUGACAGUAUCGUGUCGGGUGGUGAGGGCAGGAGCCGAGUGGACCCCGAGGGCCCCUUUCCUAUGAGCAGAGCAAGAGGGAACCUGGCAGAUGCCAAGGGAGGUCAUCCGGAACCUGUGCUCAACAGGUGGCCUUGCACCCCACCCAGACACCCCCGAGACUAUGUGGACGGGUCUCUCCGCCCCUUAGAGAAACCUGUCUGCCCUUCCCUGGGCUUCCCCUCCCCAUUGCACAGCCUAGAUAUGUCUAAGAACAUGAGUGAUGACAUGAAGGAGGUGGCCUUCUCUGUCAGGAAUGCCAUCUGCUCUGGUCCCGCCGAACUACAAGUCAGGGACAUGGCCUGCCAGACCAACGGGUCCAGGACAGCAGGAACACAGACCGUCCAGACAAUCAGUGUGGGCCUGCAGACUGAGGCCCUGCGUGCCGGCGGUGUCACCAGCAGCCCCCACAAGUGUCUCACGCCAAAAGCCGGAGGUGGCACUACACCCGUGUCUUCUCCUUCCCGAAGCCUUAGGAACAGACAGGUGGCCCCUGCUAUCGAGAAGGUGCAGGCCAAGUUUGAACGCACCUGCUGCUCCCCAAAGUACGGUUCUCCCAAGCUUCAGAGGAAGCCCCAGUCCAAAGCUGAUCAGCCAAAUAGCAGGACCUCUCCAGGCACGGCCCAGAAAGGGUUCAGCGAGUCAGCCUGGGCCCGCUCCACCACCACCAGGGAAAGCCCCGUGCACACCACCAUCAACGAUGGCCUCUCCAGCCUCUUCAACAUCAUUGACCACAGUCCUGUUGGGAUGCGAGCUGGGAGCCGUUCUCGCUCGGCAGAACCUCGACAGGAGCUGGGUCCAGGCCAGGAAACGGGCACCAGUUCCCGAGGAAGGUCCCCCAGCCCCCUAGGCGUGGGCUCAGAGGUGUGCAGGGAGGAUGGGGGAGAGAACACACCAGUCAGACAGGACUUAUCUGCCCCCCCUGGCUACACGCUCACUGAGAAUGUAGCCCGGAUCCUCAACAAAAAAUUGUUGGAGCAUGCCUUAAAGGAGGAGAAGAAGCUAGCCGCCCAUGGCCCCUCAGGACUCACCAGCGACAGCCACAGCGGAGAAUCAGGACCAGCUGAACCAGGAUCCAUGGAGGAACUACCUUGUUCUGCACUUGCGCCAUCCCUAGAGCCCUGCUUCUCCAGGCCAGAGAGACCAGCCAACCGCCGCCUUCCAUCCCGUUGGGCCCCACCCUCCCCUACUGCCUCACCAUCUCAGGCACCCGGAGACCGAGUGUCCUUGGAGGAACACAGUGAGGAGGAGCCACCAGAGGAGAAGCCACACCUGUGACGUGAUGCAAGCUUGCAUGAAUUAUCACCAGAAUAAUUCACUGUAAUUUGCACAACCAGACCAUCACCAUCCACCCACCUCUGCCCCAAAGGGAAGAUGUAGCUUUCCCAAGGUCAAUGGGUGUCUUUAAACACACAGAGCUGCUGAAUGUUCAGCCUGGUUAAACUGAGAUGUUUCGGCCAUGAAACAGAAAAAUGUGCCUGUAAUAAUUUUUUCAUAGCUCAGAAAACUAUUUUUGCCUUCAUCUUUUUUUUACACACAGUAUAUUAAACAAAAAGGUAAAUAGGGUAUAAAUAGAUUUAAGAGUUUUAAUAUGUACAUCUUAAGAGAUUCCGAGCAACCUUGUUCCCAAUCCUGCUGCCUCUGUUCAAUUUGCACUGUUUCGUUACGCUUGGGGUUCUCACUGUUGAGUUCAGAGCGUUCUAAGUUAAAUUUCAUUUUGUUCAGUGUUAGGAUUUUUUUAAGAGUCUUUUUUUAAUGCUUGAGACUGCCCAACUCAGUGAACUCUUUGUAGUGAAAAGGCCACGAGGCCAGAAGACAAGAGCGUCUGUCAUCUGGAAGGACGCAGGUCAACGAUUGUGAAAAGGUACAGGAGUCCAUGAGAUGGACUUAAGACUCACUGUGUGACCCAUAAACUCUGCCUGCCGCACAUCCUCGGGCACCUGUACAUACACUGCUCCGUCCCUGCCCUCACCUGCGUGUGCGUCAGUCUGACCCACUGUGAGCUGUUGUAAAGUUUCUUGUAGCGCGCUGUUACUGUUGGUCCCCUGUACCAAUGAGAGGACAGCACCAUUUUUAAGUUAUUGUUAAAAUGUUAACUGACAGUGUACAAAGCAACACUCAGCAUUUUCUUGUUUAAGGAAAAGCAUUACAAAAAAAAAAAAAAAACCCAUGAGGAUGCCAAAUUGAGACAAAUGAUGGUGCCUCAGAGUCUGUCUGAGACCAUGAUGAUACAGAAAUAAAGCCCUUACAAGGAAGAAACAAGGUCUUGGGUGUCACACUUCACUGGCUCCUUCCUCCCCCUUGUUGUCUUCAGCUCUUCAGGGAACGUUUCUCCAGGUUUUCUGUCGCUGGCAGAGUACAGGGAAAGGGGAUGAGGAGGGGGCUGGUCACACAUGGGGCCGCACCCUUGCGACAUGGUAUUUCAGGACUCUGGGGGUCCAGGAAAAUAAAUGGCUUGUUUUUACUGCAGACACUAGAGCUGAGAAGGGACAUGUCAAGGUGGCUACCAACAAGUAUAUGCGGCCAGCAUCUUCCCUUCUAAUCAGGAAAGGGAGUAGAUCUCCACUGCAGAUGGGCAGCCCAGCAUUUUGGUGUUGGGGGUAGUGUGAGGGCGGAGUUACGAAGACGCUGCUGAAGAGCCCAGGACUAUUUACAAAGGCCAGAGCUUCUGGCUUUGAUGCUUCAUUACCCCAACGGUUUUCUUCUAAAGAGGAAAUAAGGUCUCUUCCCAGGGUCACACAGUGCCUCCAUUAAACGGUUUUCAAAGACCGUUAGUGAGAAGAUGGGGCGGUUGGAACCUUGACAGCAUGUUGGUGAUGGAGCACCGUGGGAGACAACAUAACAGUUCCUUUAACCCUCACACAGAGUCACUGCAUAGCCAGCCAUCCCACGGCGGGUACACAAUGCUUGUAACUGGACAGGACUCACAUAGAUGCCUUUACUGCUUUUCACGACAGUGUUCUUAUAACAGCUGAUGGAGGAAGAUCAUUGGUUAACUAAUAAAGAAACUGCCUUGGCCCAUUUAUAGGCCAGCCCUUAGGUGGGUGGAGUAAACAGACAGAAUGUUGGGAGAAAGAAGCCGAGUCAGUGAGUCGCCAUGAUUCUCCCACUCCAGACAGACGCAGGUUAAGAUCUUUCCUGGUAAGCCAGCUCGUGGUGCUACACAGAAUAUUAGAAAUGGGUUAGAUC